UUGGGGACUGUGUCAGUUUGCACUGAACCAUCAGACACUGUGUUUUUCCAAAUCAAAUCACUGUGCUGAAAAACUACUCAUCUGGAAUUUACCAUCUUGGUCCGGAAUCUGUGGAUUAAUAAGUGAAUCAAAUCGGAAAGAAGAAAGGCCACAAUGAGCACGGCGGUGGUACAUUAGAGCCAUUGACAGCGUCUGCAGCUCAUUCCAAGAUGGCCGCUUCGGUUGCAUUCAUUUUUUGCUGAUCGACUCUCAAUUUUUAUUGUCUACCAUAACAAAGCUAAAAAGCCAUUGGAUAAUAAUCCGGGUUCGCGAUCUCACAUGACAAUGCACAGAACAACAAGAAUCAAGAUAACGGAGCUCAAUCCUCAUUUGAUGUGCGUUUUAUGUGGAGGAUACUUCAUUGACGCGACCACCAUUGUUGAAUGUUUGCAUUCAUUCUGCAAAAUGUGCAUUGUGAGGUAUCUGGAGACCAACAAAUACUGCCCCAUUUGUGAUGUUCAAGUCCAUAAAACAAAACCUCUUCUGAAUAUCAGGUCAGAUAAGACCCUUCAGGAUAUUGUAUACAAGUUGGUGCCUGGUCUAUUCAAAAAUGAAAUGAAACGAAGGCGGGAUUUUUAUGCAGACCAUCCUUUAGUUGAUGCAACAAAUGGUUCGAAUGAGGACCGAGGAGAAGUGGCCGAUGAAGACAAGAGAAUCAUUGCUGAUGAUGAGAUCAUCAGCUUGUCCAUUGAGUUUUUUGAUCAGAACAAGCGUGAUGGUAAAGAUGGGGAAGAUAAAGAAACCACAAAAGAGGCUAAUGUAAAACGGUACUUACAAUGCCCAGCUGCUAUGACAGUGAUGCAUCUCAGAAAAUUUCUCAGAAGUAAAAUGGAUAUACCCUGCACCUUUCAGAUUGAGGUUAUGUAUGAAGAUGAGCCCUUGAAAGAUUAUUAUACUCUUAUGGAUAUUGCUUAUAUCUACACAUGGAGAAGGAAUGGGCCCUUACCAUUGAAGUAUAGAGUUCGGCCUGGCUGCAAAAAGAUGAAGUUAAGCAGCCCUAGGGAUGCUAUUAGUGGUGGCAGAAGGCCUGAUACAGAAAGUGACUCCAGCAGUGACAAACCAAACAGCCCAGCUGUUGCCGCACCCUCCACAUCCUGCUCUCUGCCCAGCCCAAACACUCCUGUCCAGUCUUCACAUCCCAACUUCCCUCAUAUCUCCACAGUUAACGGAGUGUCUGCCAAAGUUGGCCCAAAUGGCCAAGCUCCUUUUAGCAGCAAAGUCUGCAAAGUUUCAUUUAAUGGCUCCAACUCACUCGAGUGACUUGCUAUAGAUGCCAAAGCCAUCAAAAGAGCUGUGAUGUAGAUGCUUUCUUUAUAAACCACCUCUAAAAAUUUUUGUAUAAUUUUUAAAUAUACUUGUUUUGUCACAGUGUGUGCAAACUUUGUAACACAGCAUUGCUUGUGUUAUAUUUUGUAUUAAUUAGGCCUACUAUGGCUUAAUGUUGUGAAGAGUACUUGGCUAGGAGCUGAAUGUAUCUAGGUGUUUUUAUAAACUUUUUUUUCUUUUCUUUUUUUUUUUUUUUUUAGAUUAGAACAGCAAUGUAAAAAAUAUUUUUCUUGUCCAUAAAGUCAACAAUAAAACUCAAGGGGGCUCGCACAAUGUUUUGAUCAUCCCGGAAUUGUUCAUCAUAUCAUAAAGGGCAUGGAUUUUAUUCGGUGGAAAUGUGUAAACCCAAACAAAAUUUUUGAUAACCAAAGUAUAUCCUUGAAGAGCAAAUGUGAAAGUUUGCAUUAAUAUUUGCAAUGUUGCAUUUUUAAAGGGCGGAAAUGCUACGUCAGCUAUAUUGAUUGGAUAAACCCAGGAAUAUAUAUUAUUUUUGUUUACUGCCACGUGCUCGUCACAUAAGUUAAGUUGAGAAAUUUAGUCUUAUUUUCUCUUUUUUUUCCCCCUCAAUAUUUAUCUCAUCACGCGAGUAUGAAGAUUGUUGCUAGAAGAAUCCGUGCAUUCACAGCCUUAAGUUCACAUGUUCUUUCUUGCAUUUCUGUGUUCAAGCGGUUAUUUGUUAAUGUCAAUGUAUCUUUUACUGUUGUACAAUAUGAAACCUUUGUCUAA